CCCCUUCUCUCUCUCUCUUUUCCCCCUCCAUUUUGGCAGUGCUGGUUGUGCUGAACCAUUACCUGGCCUUUCAAUAUUUUGCAGAGGAAUAUUACCCCUUCUCAGAGGUACUGGCCUAUUUCACCUUCUGCCUCUGGCUCACCCCCUUCGCCUUCUUCGUCUCCUUGUCGGCUGGCGAAAACGUCCUGCCGUCCACCGUGCAGCCGGGAGACGACGUGGUCUCCAGCUACUUCACCAAAGGGAAGCGAGGGAAACGUUCCGGGAUCCUCCUCGUCUUCUCCUUCAUCAAGGAAGCCAUCUUGCCCAGCCGACAGAAGAUGUACUGAUCGUCCUCCCCUCCAGCAACCCCCCCAGAUGUUGUCGUUUCCCACCCACCCCCUCCCUCUUCUGGACACAGGGGGACCUUCCUCCUGUUCUGAGCCUCCACAUCCCCUCUUUUUUUUCCUGACCUCGAGAUCCGUUCAGGGUGAACAAAGCGGGAAAGAGCCCCGAGGCGUGUGUGUGGGGGGCAGCUCUCUUUCCUGUGGGUGGCUGGGGAAGGGGGACGAGGUCGGGGACCCCCCUCCCAUCUCGCCCCACCCCUCUCAAAGGGGUUUCCGAUGAGCUCUUAGCAUGCUUUUUUUUAAAGCCAGGGCAGUUCAUCUCUUCGGGGUAGGAAGGGGGACGCGACGUUUCGUGAGCCGGAUUUCUUCCAACGUUUUUUUUUGUGAGAGGAACCUGCCCGGGAACGAAGGACAAAAUGGACUUCUGAAAGACGCCGCCUUCUUCCGUCGUGGCUGACCCGAACCAGACCAUCCGGCCAGGAAUGACAAAAAAAAAAAAAAAAAGAAGUCUAAUAAUUCUUCUUCCUUCAUUGUGCUAGGAGGUUCUUCUCCGGGAAGCUGGCUAAACUUGUUUUUGGGGUUUUGGUUCUUGUUAGGAAAAAAAAAAAGGAAACAAAAGGAAACCAGGAAGGAUGGUUCCACACAAACUUCCUGGCUCGGCUUUUGGAGUGUGUGAAAAGCAAAGCUGCAUUGAGCACAGAAAGACUGCAAAACUUCCCGGGUGUCAGUGGAAAUCGAACUAUACCAACGCCCCGGUUGGGGAAGGAACCAGGAUGGCGUGCAAAGAAUUGGCCAGGUUGUGCCUGGAACGCAGGAAGCCAUGAGGGUCUACUCUGCUCCUUGGGCUGGGCGCCACCCCCGGCUCUGCCCCAGCAGUUGUCAGGCUGCCUGGCCCGUCUAGAGGACCUCCGGAGGCUUCCAGCUGCCGCGAUGUUCUUGGCUGAAGGCAACAGGUGUCUCUUUCAGCACAAAGUUUGUGUUCAAUAAAGGUGUUCAGUGACAACAGAACAAAGA